UGGUCUCAGGAGGAGCACAAGAAUCAGGGCUUUUGGUCGUAUAUUCACCCCCACAUCGACUGUGUGUUACAACACCUCAACCUCUCGCAUAAAAAACUUAGCUAUGCGGGAAGGGCUGUCUCGCCAUCGACAGCGACCGGUAGUAAACACAUCUUCAAGAAGGAGUACGCGAAGCAUAUGAACGACACGUUUGCGUUCUGAUCCACGGAUUCACCGACACCUCCGAUGCACUCGACUUAGAAAUGAUCGAAAAAUAAAUAAAUUUAUAUUAUAAUAUUGUUAAUAUUUUAAAAUAAGUUCUGUA